UAUAAUAACUCACGAAAGUUUGAAUAACCCACGGUUAAUGUCUGUCUUUUGGUUCCCAAUACUGAUAAAGCUAUAAAGAAUAUAAUCCUAGAUGUUAUCGUGUAAAAGACGUGAAUGCUACUAAAUAGUAAAUAUGUAUAGAAUAGAUAGAUAAACUUAUCUAUAUUAAUAACAGAAUUAUCAUUCGAUAAGGUACAAUGAAACAAAUAUCAUGCAGCCCGAUAGUGUGAAAGUGUUCUCUAAUCUUACUUAUAUUAUAAAUAAUAUUUAAUAUAAAGUUAUUAAUAGUAAAAUGGUGUGGAAGAACUGUAAUAUUGUAAUUAACAGUGGCGACAGUGGCAUUUUGUACACAGGCGACGUGGUGACCGGAUCGGUGACUUUGGAAUUUAAAAAAGUGCAAAAAAUUAAAUAUGUGGAACUCAGAGUUAUAGGUAUAAGUAAAGCGAGAUGGUCAAGAAUAACACCCACAGUGCCUUAUUUGAAAAUAUAUGAAGAAAAAAGGAAAGUUUUAGACACUAGAAUUAAUGUAUUUAGCGAAAUAAAUGGUAAAAAAAUAAGACCGGGAAUAAACAACUAUCAAAUACAUUUUAACCUUCCCAGUGAUUUACCAUCGUCAUUCAGAAGUUCAAUAGCCACAGUAUCUUAUUAUAUUAAAAUAAUGUGUAAAGCAAAAUGUUGUCAAUCAAAGACUAAAAUUGUUCCACUCAUUGUGAUGAACAGAGUAGAUCUGAAUCAUUUAGACGAAAACAAGGUGGCCAUGAUGUACGAUAUGAACAAAACAUUCGCAACGUCUGGAACAUUGACUAUAUAUUUUAAAACGUACAGAUGCUUUGCGCCAAGACAAAGCUUGCCCUUUGGAAUAGACAUCAGCAAUGACAAAAAAGCAAAAAUUAGUAAAAUAGUCGUCACAUUAGUACAGAAACUUGAGUAUACUGUAACCGCGGGGUACGCAAACGACGAAAAGAAAAUAUGUAAAACGGAACGCACAGAUUUUUGUAAUGAAACAAAAGAGUACUGUCGUAUGUUUAUGGAUGUGCCGCAAACAGUGCCAUCUAGUGUCAACGUAACUAAUCCAAUUAUUAAAAUAUCCUACGUGUUAAGGGUUGAGGUGAUUUUUAAAUUUCACUUAACAAUAUAUGAAGACAUUCCUGUAACCAUAACAACUGUUCCUGUUCAACAUCUCGUUACAUAACUACAGAAAAACUACAACUACGUAACAACGAAUUAUAGUUAAAUUCCUAGGAUACAAAUUCUUAAUAUUAAUCUUAUAAUUUAAUGUCUUCUGACACACUGUGAAUCGUGUAAAGGUUCUUAUAUUAAAUCUGUACUAAGGACCUCCCUUAGCUACCAAAGAAUGACUAUGAGUGAUAUGUUUAAUUACGUUUAUAUUUAAAGUACUCUAUGAGAUCAAAAACAUAUUAAUUAACCUAUUGAUAUGUUUAGAAAUUUGGACAUUUUUCGAUUUUUGCAAUGGUUUUUUUUUAAAUUGUAC